UGAACGGCUAAGUGCGCGUCACACAGCGUCCGUUCAUUGUUAUAAAUCAUAGGCAGUUAUAUUGUCGUCGAUUCGUUCGCGUCCACACUCAUUUUUCUGGAAUGAUGUCAUCCGCCUCAAUAAAAUCUUACGUUACGACAUCUGAAACAAUGAUUACCAUACUACUGUUGUUGGCUAUGCUACACACCGGUUUGACGGCCAUCGCUGGAUACGAAGAAGUGGAAAACAAAUUCCUUACAAAAUUAGGUUUAAACCAAAGACCUGUGGUAGAGAAAAAUUUGAAGAUACCAUCUGCCACAAUGGAGCUGUAUAAUUCUAUGGCAAAUGCAAUGACAACACAUUUUCCUCUUCCUGGUUUGCACACAACUUCCGCUAACACUGCUAAGACAUAUUACAAUAAAGGAUCAGCUCCAUUAAAUGCUAAAUCUAAAAAAUAUAGGCUACAGUUCGAUAUAGACUUUAUACCAGAAAAAGAACAGAUUAAAGCUGCUGAAGUUCGUUUUACUAUGUUAUACGAUAAAGUUCUACAAAAUGAAGAAUUUAUUCAUGUAAUUAUGCAUGAUAUAAUCCAGCCUGGCACGAAGGGCCUUUCAAAACCUGUUCUCAGAAUAAUCGAUUCGAAAUCAAUUAAUAUGUCAAAUGUUUCAAAGUCAGAAAGUUUUGAUGUAACGCCUUUUGUAGAAAGACUGUCGAUGAAUAAGUUUAAAGAGAACCAUGGAUUGCUAGUACAAUGCGUUACAUCUGAUAGUCAGAGACAUUUGCUCAACGUGUUUGAUAUUGUGUCACCUGAAAAGACUUUGCUACUUGUCUACACCGACGACGGAAAAAGUGAGAAGAGCACGCUGGAACAAAUGAUGCGACGCAGCAAACGGUCGGCCGUCCAACCGGGUGGGCCGCUUAAGAAGACGAAAAAGAAGAUCUGCCAGCGGUAUUCGAUGUACGUGGACUUCAAGGAGGUCGGAUUCAACGAUUGGAUUAGGGCGCCGCCGGGGUACGAUGCGUUCUACUGCCACGGGAAGUGUGCGUUUCCGUUGGCCAGUCACAUCAACGCGUCCAAUCACGCGGUCAUGCAGACGCUGAUGAACUCCUACAACCCGGCGCUGGUUCCUCUGUCGUGCUGCGUACCGACCAAGCAGAGUUCGCAAACGUUGCUCUACGUGGACGCCGAUGGAAAGUUGGUGGUGAAAAACUAUCCGGACAUGUCCGUGGACGAGUGCGGGUGUAGAUGAGGCCAUCGCAUACACAUUAUGUCACGACUACACGCGUCCUAUUCAACGAUAUCGUUGACACUGUAUAUAUCAAUGGUUCACGUUUUUUGUAUAUUAUAUUUCCGGCUAUUUAUUUAAUUCAAACAUUAACGCACACCUAACCUUUACGGCAUUGUUUACUUUAUCGUCUUAUUCUGUAAUUUGGCGUGUUCAUUCCGAAAACCAUUAUAACAGCAUUUGUUUUGGAUAUUACUUUGUUAGCUUUUA